AUGUCUUUCACCUCUACCACCCCUUCAGCAAGGGCUCCACUUGGAGGAAGGACCACUGGAAAUGUUACUUCGCAAGACCGUAUGCUUAAAAUCGUGACCGAGAUGCGCUCUGGCGCCGGAUCUGGCUCGCCAUUCGGUUCCAAUGCCGCUUCGACCAUCCGUGACUCUCGCGAACGUGAGAAGAAAGAGAUGAGCGACUUGAACGAUCGACUUGCUAGCUACAUCGAAAAGGUCCGCUUCCUCGAAGCCCAGAACAGAAAGUUGGCCGCCGAUCUCGACGCGCUUCGCUCCAAAUGGGGAAAGGACACGCACAACAUCCGCAACAUGUACGAAGGGGAGCUUUCGGAUGCCCAAAAGUUGAUUGAUGACACCAACAAGCAACGUAAGGAUAUGGAGAGCCAAAUCAAGAAGAUGCAAGAUGAGCUCGCAGAGCUCCGUAGAAAAUACGAGGACGCCAUCAAGGGACGUGAACACGAUCGUGCUAAGAUUGACGAUCUUCUCGUCCAGCUUUCCAAGAUCGAAGCUGAGAUCAGCCUCUUGAAACGCCGUAUCGGGCAACUUGAGGACGAGGUCAAGCGCAUCAAGCAAGAGAAUCAGCGUAUGCUCUCUGAGCUUCAAAGAGCCCGUACCGACUUGGACCAGGAGACCCUCAACCGCAUCGACUACCAGAAUCAAGUGCAAACUCUUCUCGAGGAGAUCGACUUCUUGCGUCGUGUCCAUGACAACGAAAUCAAGGAGCUCCAAACUUUGGCCUCCCGUGAUACCACUCCAGAGAACCGCGAGUUCUUCAAGAACGAGUUGUCCUCUGCUAUCCGUGAUAUCCGUGAGGAAUACGACCAAGUCAACAACGUCCACCGUAAUGAUAUGGAAUCGUGGUACCGUCUCAAGGUCCAAGAGAUUCAGACCCAGUCAGCCAGACAGAGCAUGGAACAAGGAUACGCCAAGGAAGAGGUCAAAAGACUUCGCACCCAGCUUGCGGAUCUGCGUGGAAAACUCGCUGAUCUUGAAUCUCGCAACUCCCUUCUCGAGAAACAAAUCCAAGAGCUCAACUAUCAAUUGGAAGACGACCAGAGAUCAUACGAAGCUGCCCUCAACGACAGAGAUUCGCAGAUCAGAAAAAUGCGCGAGGAAUGCCAAGCCCUUAUGGUCGAGCUCCAGAUGCUUCUCGAUACCAAGCAAACCCUCGAUGCCGAAAUUGCCAUCUACAGAAAGAUGUUGGAAGGAGAGGAGAACCGUGCUGGACUCAAGCAACUUGUCGAGCAAGUCGUCAAGACCCACGCCAUUUCCCAAGAAACCGACACAGAAACGAUGAGAGUUGUGAAGGGCGAGACCGCCUCCCGUCAAUCCUUCCAACGUUCAGCCAAGGGAAAUGUUUCUAUCCACGAGGCAUCGCCAGAUGGAAAGUACAUCGUCCUCCAGAAUACUCAUCGUGCCAAGGACGAGGCAAUCGGUGAGUGGAAGCUGAAGAGACGUAUCGACGGAAAGCGCGAGAUUGUCUACACCGUUCCAAGAGACUUUGUCCUCCGCGCCGGAAAGACGCUCAAGAUCUUUGCCCGUAACCAAGGAGUCGCCUCGCCACCUGAUCAAUUGGUCUAUGACGCCGAAGACUCGUUCGGAAGCGGAAACAACGUCCAAACCAUCCUCUUCAAUAAAGAAGGAGAGGAACGUGCUACCCACAUCCAACGCCAGAGCACUGCCUAA